AUGUUACACGAGAGUUGUGAUGUGAGUGGCAACAGCCUGUACGGGCGCAUCAACCGCAACUUCAGGAACAUGGUGGCGGACGGCCAUACCCUCAUCAACUUGGCCCACAACUUCUUCUUCGGCGAUGCUGUGCUCUUUGCUGCCGGCUGCCAGAUCUGCCCCGUUGAGAUCAGAGAGCCCAACCACCUGAUGGUGUCUGAAACCAGUUCCGGCCAACAGGCUGGGAAGUGCAUUAGUGGCGUAACUUCCAUGAGAGAUUUCUCAGUUGCCGGGGCAGGCAAGGGUGCGAGGGUGAGCCUGUCAGGGAACUGCCUGACUCUCAGCCCAGACGCGGAUUGCCCCUCCAACGCCACCCAGCGCAGCACGGCAGCCUGCCAGGCGUUCUGCAGCAUCACGGACAACGGCCCGUGUGACGGCCAUGGGGAGUGUGUGCCUCCUGCACCCGCCUCCCCCUCCAACUUCACCUGCCUCUGCCACGCCGGCUACUCUACCCUUGACUUGGGCAACGGCUCUACCUGUGCUGUUGUCAACUCCACCACCACCACUGGGAAGUGGGAGGGGUUGGAUGUGUGUGAGCAGUACACGCUGCAGCAGAUCUUGACGACGACAGACAACUGGGCAGAAGAAAAUGAGCUGGGCAAGGGGGGUUUUGGCAUUGUGUACAAGGGGUGCUCCCCACAGGGGCAGCUGUGGGCUAUAAAGCGCUCUACCAUCAUGACGAAUGAGUUUGAAAUAGAGGUGAAUCUUCAUUUGGAAAUGAAUUUCUAUGUGUUUUGCAAUCUGGGUCUCACUCGUCAAGAAACGAAAAAUAGGAUAUUCACAGGAUAA